GCCAAAACCUUUGAUCCCCACCCAAAAAGACGCAAACCUAACCUAACAGCUUCUGCCACUGUCACCGCGACCGUCGUAACAUAUUGCAUUGUUGAGUUGAGCGUGGUAGCUCUGAAAACAAUCAUGACAGAAAAGAAACGAAAACAGAUGAACGACACCAACCUCCGAAGUAAAAAGUCGAAAACCAAUCCUCGUUCGCCUUCAUCUUUGAACAAACAGAUUCAAACCAAUGUCCAUUUCGAUGAAGCCACCACUGAUGUUGUUUAUGAAUACGAGGAACAAGAUGCAGAGGAAGAGUCUAUGAAGAAUAAGCGCUACGACCCUGUUUCCGUAAAGGAUCGCAUUCCUUCUCAUUUCAAGGAUGAGAAUGUACAAUCUGAUAAUGAGUUCGAGAAUGACGAUGAUUGUUACAUUGGAACAAAGAGGGAUGCAAAUGCUGAGGGAAGACAUGUGAGGAUGAUAGAAGGAAUUACUGGUAUGCCUACUGAGACUUUUCAAGGUAAUGCAGAGAAUAAGAAGUUGAUGAUGAGUGAUGCUUUUGAUCCUAGUUGCGAGGUUGUUGUGUGUGGUGAUGGACUCAUUACCAUAGAGGAUCUUCUUAAUCCAAAUUUUGUUGAUCACAAUAAACUAAAGAUUAGGGUUCAAUCAAUUGAGAAGAAUGGUAGAACUAUGCAUACACCACUUCCAGAGGCUGAUCAAGCCAAGGUAGAAAGGAAGGUAGCAUAUGUUAUAUCAAAAAAGUAUGUCACAAAGUAUCAGCCUUUUAUUCAGACAAACAGAGAUGCAACGACUAUAUCCUUUUAUGAAAAAGUAGAUAUAGGGUUUUCAACUAUAGGAGCUAUAGCUUCUGAAUUUAGACCAAGAUCUAAAUUUGAGAGAGAAGUAGCUGCACUAGUACUGGAAGCUCAUAGAGAUGAUGGUUCUAGACUUAACAAGGUUUCUAAAGAAGAUCGGAAAGAAAGGCAAAAUCGGGCCAAACUGAGGAGCCUUCUUUUUUGUAAUGAAAAGAAGGCAAAACGUAUUAAAAAGAUAAAGUCAGGGACGUUUCAUCGUCACCUUAAGAAAGAUAGGUUGAAGUCAGAGUCUUCUCGGAUUGAAAUGGACUCUAAAGUUGCUAAGAAAUAUGAUAUGAAAAAAUAUUUUAAGAGAGCAGAGGAACGCAUGACUCUGAGACACACACACCAUAAUCGGUGGGCAAAGAAUGUUAAACAACACGGUUUAAAUCACAAAUAUGAAGAAACUCGUGCUGCGAUGGAUGAAAAUUGUCGAAAACAUAAAGAUUUGACUAGAAAAAUGCACUCUAUGAAGGGUAGCAGCAGCAGCAAUGAUUCCGAAGAUGAUGAUGAGAACUCUGCUGGUUCUGACCUGGAUAGCAAGAUUUUGGGAAAGCUAAUGAAAGUGUUAGGGGAGAAGGAUGAAAUCACCGAGUCAAGAUUGUCAUCUUUAGGUUUUAUGAGACGUGGAUUGAAGAAAAGUAGAGAGGCAGUUGUGGAAGAAUGUGAAGACUUAUUGAAGAACCUGGAGGAUUUUGGUAGCUCAGAAGAUCGAAAAGCUGCAUCUACCAGUGGCAGAAGAGUAUUUGGAAAGGCUAAAGCCCAUGUUAGGCUAAAUAUAAAGCACACUGAGGGUAACGACGCCGACACAGACAGUGAAGGAAAGAUGGUGGGUGGAAUUCCGACUUCUACAUCUAAACCAUCUUAUGAACUUCCAUCUCAAGAGGAGCUCAUUCGACAAACUUUUGCGGGGGAUGAUGUGGAAGCUGAAUUUCAAAAGGAUAAGCAGAAGAUCCUCGAUGAAGAAAAUCCUGAGCCAGAAAAGCCUAUAUUACUUGGAUGGGGUCAAUGGACAGAUACACAACAAAAGAAAGGUUUACCAUAUGGGCAGCUCAAACAAAAUAAAGAUGCCCUUAGAAAAAGGGAUGAAACUCUUAAGAAGAGAAAUGAUGCUCAACUAAAAAAUGUGAUCAUCUCCGAGAAAUCAAGUAAAAAGACUGAGAAACUCUAUACAAAAGUGCUGCCUUACCCUCAUACUUCCAAAGAGGCCUUUGAACAGAACAUGCGCAUGCCCAUGGGACCUGAAUGUAACCCUACAACUGCAACUGGACUUCUUAAUCAGCCUGAAGUGGUGAAGAGACCAGGUGUUAUUAUAAAACCAAUAAGAGUUUGAGGAAGGGAAUGAAUCCUCAUAAGAAGAACAUUGUGUAUUACUAGUAUUCACAGGUGGAAUUGUUAGUUGAUUUAUUUUAGGCUUAAUAAAAAUGCUAUCUUUAAUUUAUGUUUAAGCGGAUAAGGUAGUGGCAAAGAAGAAUAUGAUAUCUUGGACAUUUAUUUUCUUGUAACAGAUUCUGUUUAUUUUAUUUUAUUUUGAUGAA